CGGUUGCACAUCCGCUUGAAGCAUGGACCGGAAGUGAUUUGCUUUUUGACGAAACCGAAUUUCAUCAAAGUGUCGAUGUUUCAAGAGAGCGACACGGAGACAAUGGAGCCACAGACGAAGCGCUGGAAGAGGUCGGUGUGUGACUGCGACUCCUGGGUCGCGUACCCCGUCCUGUCGGAUGAGCAGUCACAAGACGUGGAGCUGGUGGAGGCGUUCGCCGCCCCCAUUGUCAACAAGAAGGAAACCUCUCGCCUCCUCAGGGAGCUGAGCGGCCUCUACCCGUUGACAAACCUCCAGCACAUCAAACGUGUCCGGGCGUGCAAAGACAAGGACAGUCCUCACCCUCUGGAGGUCCUCGUUUGUCUUGUGAGCGACGCCCCAGACGUGGGUUCUCUGCUGCCCUCAGACGGCGUUAAUCCCGACGGGUUAGGUGAACCUUUCGUGGUUAAGAUCCCUGCGCGCCCCCCGUUAACGCGGCCCCAGUUUGAGCUGGCGAGCCGACACUGGCCCACGUCCUUCCACGAGGACAAACGGGUGACGGUCGCCCUGAGAGGGCAGCUCUUCAGCCCCCGCCAGAAAGCAUCCAUGCACGCGUACAUGACGUCGGCCUUGGCCGCUGCCAGAGCCGGGAGGGAGCUGGGGAUGGAGGAGGCGGUCGGCGCCGUGGUGGUGGACCCAGACCUGGAGAGAAUCAUUGCAGUGGGUCACGACUGCAGAGGCGACCACCCUUUGCAUCACGCCGUCAUGGUCUGCAUUGACCUCGUGGCUCGGAGUCAGGGCGGCGGGUGUUAUCGCUUCGACAGUUACCCCGCCUGCAGAUUUAAUUCUCCAAACUCAGAUAAAGAGUCAAGCUCUCAGCCGUAUAUUUGCACCGGGUACGACAUUUACGUGACCAGGGAGCCGUGUGUCAUGUGCGCCAUGGCACUGCUGCACUCUCGGAUCGGCAGAGUUUUCUACGGCGCGGCCUCAGCCGAUGGUGCGUUAGGGACCAAGUUCAAAAUCCACUCCCAGAAGGACCUGAACCAUCGCUUCGAUGUCUACAGAGGAGUCCUGAGUCAACAGUGCGAGGAGCUGGACAGUCUGGAUGUCAAAGAGGAGAGUUGAGAGGGAAGCGGAGCAGCCAGAUGUAAAACUUAUCAGAAUAUGAGUCUAGUGACACUUUAUUUAGAUUUCAUUAUGGGCUGUGUUUCAACUGAGAGGCAAAAAAAGACCUAUGCAUGAAACGGGAUAGUCCCACAACCAGAACCAACCAGAGGAAGGGGAGGAAGUUGGUCUGGUUUCAGGGCGAGAAGUGGAGAACGAAUAUCUGUCACUGGGGUCCAUGUUCGGUCCGUGUAUGUUUUAGCCUUUUACAUUCAGAGGACGUUAAAAAAGAAAGAAGCGGUUAUUUGAUUAUCAUUUUAAAAUUCAAGGCAUUUGUCUUUAUUAGAGUCGAGAAAGAAUAAACAAAACUUUAUAAAAAAAAAUCCAUCGAUUUUCACUUUCGGUUUCUAAAAACAAAAAAUAAAAUUACUAGAAGACAAAAACAAAAAAACGCCCGAUUUUUAAAAAAAAAUUAUUUUAGUUUUUCAUAUUAUGCGACCGGAAGUUGCCGUUUUCAAAGUAAGAGCACGUAUGAGGACUUAGCUGUUAAACAUAAGUUGAUGGACGUUGUUUUUCGAAACAAUAAAAGAGUGAGUCUCAGGGAUGCAGACAAACUAAGCCGCAUGUUUCAGGUAAAAAAUAAAUAAAUUAAUUAAUUAAACUCACGUUAAAGUCAGGUUCUAAAGACAUUUUAUCCUGGUCUAGGGACACCACAGAUAGAAGUCAUAUAUUUUGGGAACUCUUGCCAGAAACGGUACCGUCCUCACACCUGCUCUUACUUUGAAAACGGCAACUUCCGGUUGCAAAAAAUAUGAAAAAGAGGCGUUAAUUUUUUGUUUCUGUUUUCUAACGGUUUUAUUUUUAGAAACAGAAAAUGAAAUGCCUCGAAUUGCAAUUAAAAUUUUUCAUGUUUAAAAUGAAAAUCAAAUAAUCUUUUGUCUUUUAAUGUCCUUUUCUCAACAGUAAAUCCAAUAACCAAACAUGGAAUUUCAGGAAGUGUGAAGGUGUUUCCAUAAGAAUUUGUUUUGAAUAAAGUUUUUAAUUUUGAUAAUUCUUGCGUUGUGAGGUGGAUGUGUUUGAAACAACUUGUACUUAACUAUAGAAUUCCUUGAUCACUUUGAGCAAAUCCUCAAAUUACACGACUAAAGUACCUGAACCUCGCAAAUGAGAAAUCCCAUAAUGACCGGAAACCAGUCGAUGCUCAUCCAUGAGACAGAAGUCGGAGGGCACAAACAUUUUAAUAAGAUUAAGAACAAGAAAUAUCAAGUACUACGAGCUACGACCAAACAAAGCAGGACUAGCUGCCUUGAUUAUAGCAAAAAGUUGUAAUAAUCUACAGAGCAGCUACAUGAGCGUAAGUUCAUCACAAGGACACAGGAGACCUCCCUCAGUUAACACUCUGCAAACCGACAACAAC